AUGGCAAAUUCCUCUGACGAAGAAGCCGAUUCACGGACGGCAUCGGUGGGCGCACAGCGUGCGAAGAACCCUCGUUCCACACGCUCCACCUCACGCGAUAGCACGUGGCCAGCAAAGCGACAGCGGCAGAAUAAAAGUCAAGAUGCGCCUGAUCAUGCGGAUUUCGUCCCCCGGGGCGGUGCGUUCACUGCCACCUCCCUGCAGGUCGACCCCGAUAGCACAUCCAGCUCUGGUUCCUCCGACUCAGACUCCGACUCGGCCUCCGACGCGGCCUCCGAUGCGAACGACACCACGAACCCACACGCUGGAAGCACUGCACCUGCCAUCAGCUGGAACCAAGCAAGGAAGAAGGCACGAUCCGCUCCGAUGGAGGGGAACGCUGAGCAGUCUGAGCAGUUUGAUGCUGUGAAUGACAAGUACUGGCGCAGUCGCAGUGACUCUGCCUCAUCAGCUAACAGUGAGGCUCGCGCACGGAAAAAGUCUCGAACCCAAGAAGAUCUGGAAGAGGGCGAGAUUGAUUCCAAGAGUGAAUCCGACGAUUCAGAUUCGCUUGACUCCGCAGCCGAUGAUUCUAUCCUAUUAAAUAUCGGUUCCAAGGAGAAUGGAUUGGACGACGGCGAAGACUACGAUCCAGAGCGUCUGAUGCCUGGUAAUGGGAUACAAAAUGGAACAACCGCCGCAUCAACUUCCAACGGGGUCGAAAUGGAAUCUGGCUCUCAGUCAAAAGAAGAGGCUUUCCGCCUCUUCGCACUCAAGUACCCCACUGCGCCUACGUCUCUGGUGGACUUGAACAGGAAAGAUCUCGAAACCCAGUCCCGAUACGUGUACUACGACCGCAGCAUCCACGACCUUGACCUGAAGCUUCCCAUUUCUUGCAUUGAGUGUCAAACCGAGGGCCACAUGGCCGACAUCUGCCCAACAAAAGAGUGCUCACACUGCGGUGCUUGGAACAAGCACGCAAGCGUUGUUUGUCCCACCUGGCGAAGAUGCCAAAAAUGUCGCGAAAGAGGCCACGGCGAGCCACAGUGCACAUCCAAGCUACGAUGCUCCGCCUCCGAAGUGCCCUGCGACAUGUGCGGCCACGAACACCUCGAAUCAGAAUGCGACUUCCUCUGGAAAUUCCCGUCCCGAGAUCUGCAUUCCGACCAAAUCUCCGUCUCCAUCUCCUGCGCCAACUGCGCCAGCGCAAAGCACCUAGUAGGAGAUUGUCCAGACCCAUAUCUAAAACUCGGCACAUCAUCCUUUACUUUGGAAGGUCUGGACCCAGAAAUGAUCACGAACCUCAACACAGCCGAUGGACCCCGACGGACCGGCCGCCCAGGACCAGCACCACGCUCACACGGAAACGCCAGCAGACUUGGUUCCCGCGGUGCGGAAUGGUCGCGCUCUUCCUCCCCAGAUGAAAGUGAUAUGAUGUCCCGCGUUUCAAGGGGGCGUGGCCGUCCUGCCCCCGUCCACCGCAGUAACAACCGUGGCAAUAUCAGGUUCGCCAAUAAUGUCGGCACUGGUCGUGGUGCGUCUCGGGGACCCCCUCCGGUUCCCCGUGGCCGUCCUCCAUUCCCUGGUAAUGAGCGCCGGCGUCGCUCGCCUUCGCCUCGUGCGAGGAAUCCGCCUCCACCGCGUGGUGGUGGCCGCGGUCGUGGGCCUUCGAGGGGCUCUGGGCGCUCUCGUGGGCCACGGGGUGGUGGUAGAGGCAGAGGGCGGUAA